GUGCCCAUGCCACUGUGUCCUGAGUGGCCGCCACCAAAAGGGGAAGAGGACGCGAGCCCUCGCGAAAGCAGAAGGACCCUGUCAGAAUUGGAGCGCACGCGACCCCCUUUCCAGUUCCCGCCCCGCGCCUCGCUGAGAGAUCUGCGGUGGACACCGAUCCGCCCGUCGUUGGCGCCGGAAGCUGCGGGGAGAACGAGCGGAGAUGGAGGACACAGCAACGGCGGCGCCGGCGCCGGCGGAGAAGGCGUCGUCGUACAGGUACUGGGUGCGGGAGGCCACCGGCGACGCCGCGCCGCUCCCGGUCCCGCGCAAGCUCGACCCGGCCGCGGCCGCCGCCAACGGCAACGGGAACGGCAACCCGCCGCCGCUCGGCUCCGUCUGGAACCAGGCUGGAACCUGGGAGGAGAAAAACCUCAACUCAUGGGCCAAUAGUAGGAUUAAGGAUUUGUUGGGUUCUCUAGGUUCAUUGGAAUUCCCAACAGGGAAGGCAUCCAUUGAUGAAGUGUCCAAAUGCUCAGGAGACGCAUUUCAGGUCACAGUUCGCAACAAGAAGAGAGUAGGGUAUAAUUAUGAGCUGAGCUUGAGAUUUAGAGGUGAAUGGUUAGUUAAAGAAGAAAACAAGAAAGUAAAAGGCCAUUUAGACAUUCCUGAGUUUUCAUUUGGUGAGCUUGAGGACUUGGAGUUACAAGUAAGGUUCAGUGACGACAAGGAACUCACAUCCAACGAUAAAACACUGAUUUGUAAGGAUCUGAAGUCAUUUCUGGCUCCAAUUCAGGAGAAAAUGCGCAUGUUUGAAGAAGAGCUUAAAGGUAGAUAGCGAAGGUUAACAGGAGUCAGCAGUGCUAGGUAACUGACUGGCGCUGCUGUGCUAGAUGAGUAAGCAUGUCAAAGCUGAGGUCGUCUUGUGGUUUCGCCAUCUUCUGCAGUCGUACUUGGACGACUGAGACUGUAUGUGUACUGAUUUGAUGCCCCUGUUGAGAUGAACAAGAACUGUCUAAAACUCUGAACCCGUCUCUUGAUCUUCCCUCUUCACGAACGAUAUUUGAUAGCAAAGAAAAAUUACCAUAUUUCUGUA